AAUGAGGUAAGCUAUUUCCGUGAGGCAGAGCAGCAAGACAGUUUCAGUUCGAGUACCGUCUGACAGUUGGACAGUUGAACUAGCAAUGGCCAGCAAAAUGUUUCUCCGGAUUCCCUGCUCUGCAGUGCGUUUAGUGAGUUUUAAACCGUCUAUGAGAGCACCAGCUCUCCGUGCUAUGGGGACAUUGCAGGGCAUUCCAACGGAUGAAGAGCAGGCGACCGGGCUCGAGCGCCAUACCAUGCAAGGUUUGAAGAAGGGACAGGACCCAUACAGCAUUUUGAAGCCCAAGCACUAUGAAGGAACGAAAGACGAUCCCCACAUCGUGCCUUGUAUUGGCACCAAGAGGCUGGUCGGCUGCCUGUGUGAAGAAGACAACACGCAAAUCGUAUGGUUCUGGCUUCACGAGGGAAACCCCCAGCGUUGUCCGUCCUGCGGCGCGCACUACAAAAUGGUUCACCACGAGCUCCCGCACUAGCCAGCGCGGGACCCAACAUCGAGCCUUCGCGUUCCCAAAUCAGAACACGUAAAAUCAUACGGGUGAUUCACGGCUGACUAUAUCACGGUUUAUUCAAUAAAAUGCUCAUCUUAUAAAUAUUUUGAUGCCAUUAGUCAUUUUGAAUAUCAAAUCUUUCUUUUAUAAAAUGGCUGAAAUAUGAAUUCAUUCACAGAAAUAUUUUACUAGUUCUUAAGGGAACUAAGUGGAACAGAUCCUUGUAUUUUUGCUUAGGAUCACUUAAACCAAACUUAAAUGCAGAACAAGUGAAGUCCUCAAAAAGUAUAGAUUUGAAUCAAGAACUUGGGUCACUGACAACAUAAACACUCAAGAGCUUGGUUUAUUUUCAACUGUAGAAUCUAGUUUUACAUCCCCUUUUCAAAAUAGAAGCUGGAAUAAAAUGUUCAUUUGAA